AUGGACAGUCCACACCCCUCUCAGCUGGACACUCACCGGUCGUCCGAAAUGGACACCCACCGGUCCGAGGGCGGCGCCAGCGUCCAGUCCAUUGCCUCUUCCUCCUCUGCUGAGAGCCGCAGGAGCCUGCGCAUGCACAUAGAAGAAACGAAGGCCCUUUCAGAGGAGCUCAAAGCCAGAAUGCUGGAAACCCUGAGCAGGGACAGCUCCUCCAAUCACAGCACGCCAGAUCAGCGCACGCCGAGAAAGAGCCCUCCUCCGCUGCGGGGGGCGUCGCCGUGGCACACGACGAGCAGGGUGGAGACCCCCCUGCUGCAGAAAAGGGGGCAUCCGGUGUUAAUCCGGAGCGUCUCUCUGGGGCUUUCGGAAGGGAAGGCUAAAGCUUCGGAUGGGAUGCCUGGGGCCAAGAAAAGGAAGAAGAAGCUCAAGGCUUUCCUGAGCGUGGAAGACGAGCUGGCACAGCUCGCGGCGGCGAACCGGGCGAGCCUCGCACGAGCUCACGCGCACCGAGUCCUCAGUCUGCCGAGCUCCCGGCUCUUGGAAGACUCGGUCAAUUCCGAGCUCGCAUUUCGGGAGGCGCUCGCGGCGCAGCUCGACAGUCUCGCGAAGCAGCGAGCCGCGAAGGAGGUGAAAGAAUUCACACCGGAGCCCACGCCUGAGCCGAGCGUGGGUGAUGUGGAGCGUGAAUACAUCCAAAGGCUGCGGGCGCGCACGCCUGAGUCGCAGUUGGACCUGCGGGCCCUGUUUCUGCGGCGGUUGACGGGGGACCAUGCUCCGCCGAGGGGGGGGCCGGACGACGAGGGGAAAAGGGGGGCCUCCAGUAGGGAGAGACGAGAGCUGGGGAGGAGUCGGUUUGCGGAGUCAAGGCCGCAGAGCAGUGUGUCUCGGAAAGAGGUGGAGGCUUCGCGGGGGGCAUACGAGGGUCCUGAAGCAAAGGGGAAGCAGAAGCCAGUGCGCCUGAGGAACAUGUUUUCGUCCUUGAAGAGUGUGACGGCGCCAAGCAAGCGCAGCUGGGGAAUUCUAGAUCCCAGGAAGAAGAAACAAGGCGCGAGGAAAGAAGGGAAGUGGAUGGACCACGGCUCUGACAACGAAAGUGUGAACACCCUCCCAGAAAAGCAGAUGAAGGCCGACGGAGCCCCCGAGCCGAUACGAAUCCCGUUUCGAACCAUAUUUGCGAAAACGUCGGCGUACUCGGACUGGGUGUUUGAGCACCAGUUGGAAGCGUGGCGGCCAAGGGAAGUGGUCAAUGGCAUUGCGACACCUGUCGUUGUCAGGAGCCCCGCAGGGACCCCCCCGCAGCUGCGGACCCCCGAAAAGAGCCACAGAUCGCGGGCGGGUUCGCCGCUGGACUUCAGAAUGGAGGGGAGCAAGAUGGUAGAUGGAGAGGAAGGGAUGAGGAAGCGAAAGAAGGGAGGAGAGGUCAGCCCGCGCUUACGAUUGUUAGAAGGGACGGACUCGCGACUGUUCAGAAUGGAGGGGGCGGAGUCGGAGGACGAGUUGUCAGAGAUGCUGAUUGCGGGGCGUGGUCAGGGGAAAGACGGCGAGCCCCCCGAAACGGGGACGAGGGCACCGCAUUUCCUUUCCCCCGGAGAACGGGAUUCCGACGUGGAGAAUGCGGACGAAAGUGCUUCGGAACCGGUCGUUGCCGUCGGGGCGGCGAUCCAGCCCGAAGAAAAGCCGAAGAAGAAGCUGAAGAAAAAGCGCUCAAAAGCGAAGCGGCGGUCCUCGGGCCCGUCGUUGGAGCUCCUUGCGAGCAUCGAAAAGGCGCGGAAAAAGAAGGAAAGGGAAAAGCUGUCGAGCCUGUUCCCGGAGGGGGGGAUGUCGGACCUGGGGGGAGGCCCCCCCGGAGCGAAGCACCUCCCGGCAAGGGCGCACGAGCGGCCGCCAAGUGGCAGCGGUUUGGGGCCUUGGAGCGGAGCUGCUGCGAAGAGGGGGGUGGGAAGAGGGAGAGCGGAAGCAAGCAUUGGUAGUGUUGCAGGGCGGGGGGGAGCGACGGCAGCCGGGAAGAACGUUUCGGGGGUCGGUUUGCCUGCCAAGAGUGCGGGGGUGAUACGUAGUCCGGGGACAGGGAAGGCUUCUGAAAUGGGACAAAAGGGGAUGAAUGUCCGAAAGAACAGAGUCAAGGCUUCGUUUGAGGACAGCAUCAGCAGCGAGGGGGAAAGUUCGGGGGACGAUGAGAGCGAUGAGGAGGCGGGGAGCGAGAAUCAGACGAAGACACAGAAAGAGGGGGUGGAAAACGGGGAAGAUACUGAAGAGGCUGCGCUCGAGGGUGGGGGAGAAGAGGAAGUAACAAAAGCGGACGAGAUUUUGGUCGAUGACGAAAGCGUUGCGGGCGAUUGGGAGGAGGAGAUCGAAGUGGUGGCGGAAAAGCCGGAAGCGGUAAUCAAGGGGAUCGAGAAGCAGCGGGUGGAGGUGCCCGCGCCAAUGCGGCCGCGCAGGGUCGGCGGGGCGGGGCGCGAUGAAGGGUACGACGUGUGGCAGCUCUUGCGUGGGGAAGCUAAGCACACCCCCAUUUACACCUGGGGCGACAACGUCAAAGGACAGGCGGCCGCGGAAGGGCCCAAGUUCUGCCUCCGGCCGCACACGGCGCUCGCGGAGAGGGUUUUCACGGCGGUCGCGGCCGGCGCGCGCCACGCGGCCGCGCUGACGUCAGCGGGGGAUCUGUACAUGUGGGGGCAUAAUAACAAGGGGCAGCUUGGGCUGCGGCGGGACCGGAACGGGAACGGGAACCGCAGCUGGGCGACCCCGGUUCUCCUGCAGCUGCCCCAGCCGGUCGCCCAAAUCGCCUGUGGCGCCGAACAUUCAAUAGCACUCCUGUCCAACGGUCACGUUUUCGCUUGGGGCGCGAACGAUUGCGGACAGCUGGGCUUCGACGACGUGGAGGAGCGGCGCAUUCCGGCGCUCGUCCCGGCGCUGAGCGGAACGGAAACUCGGACGGCGCAAAUCGCGUGCGGGCAGCAGCACAGCGCUGCGGUUCUGGAAGGCGGCGAGCUGCUGACGUGGGGCUGCGGACGCUCCGGACAGCUGGGCCACGCGUCCGAGCCCAGCCGACAGGCGCCGCGGCGCGUGCAGGCGUUGGCGGACGUCUUUUGUACGCAGGUGGCGUGCGGCUGGGCGCACACGCUCGCGCUCGCGAGCGACGGCUCCGUUUACAGCUGGGGCUUCAAUGGGAACGGCUGCCUCGGUCUCGGCCACACCGACAACAAGAGCUCGCCCUCGAAGAUCGCCGCGUUUCAAGACGGCAGCUGCAGCUCGCGCGAACCGUUACCGCGCGACACGGCGCUGCGGAAGCCGCCGCCGCCGCCCGUGCAAGUCGUCCAAAUCGCCGCGGCCAUAGUGUCCGCGGCGGUCGGUUCGGACGGUCGGCUGUACAUCUGGGGCGCGGACGAGCACGUGGGCCACCCAGAGCCGGCACACCAGGGCCUCGCCAUACCGUUACCGUUCGGGAUUCUCGACCAAAAGCGCGUAACCCAUGUGGGUUUGGGUAACCAGCACGCAGCAGUGGUGACCGUGGACGGGCGGGUUAUCACGUGGGGCAAUAGUAGCAUCGGCAGACUGGGCACCGAUCACCCGACAGUGGAGCGCGUCCCGAUGAGCUUCCCGGUCGGCGCGUGGCGGAGCGUCCAUGUGAACACGGUCAAGCUGGGCGGUGUGAAUAAGGCCGCGGGGAUCGCGUGCGGGGCGAACCACACGGUGCUGCUGAGCGGGGAGGAGCGGUACGAACCGGAGCUGCAGGGGUCGAACAUGCGAGACGCGCUCGCGGCGAUCUUUGAGGCGUACUGCAGCUCGACGGAAGGCGCCAAACCACUUCCACCCCAAAUUUCAAAGGCCGCUUGGCUACUCUUCCUCCGGGAGUGUUUAUUGUACGACAACGCGUUCGCGCACUUCGACGCCGGGGACAUUUUCGAGACCGCGUUCCGCUGCCAAGAAGAGGAGGCCGGAACGAUUCCGGCGGACCAGGACGAGGACGCCGAUCCUCCGUCCUGGGAAAGCACCGUCCGCGGCAGCCAUUCGUCGCGCCGCAAUUCGAAUUUUCGGCGAUCGGACGGCCGGCGUUCGCGUUCGAGCCGGGACAGCGGAAGAGCAGCGGAAUCGAGCGGAAGCGGAAAGAGCGACUCGGAGAAAAGCGAGUCGGGACGGCGGCUGUCGGACCUGGUCUCCGAGCGGCCUGAGAGCAAGAGCAGUUCGAACAGCUCGAAGUCGGGGCCGAGGCGGUUCCGUUCUAGCCGGGAGGUAUGGUUCCGCUCCAGCUUGGGGACGGAAAACGGACAGAACGGUCGCGCGGCGACCCCCUACUCAACGGACUCGGUCCGUCCAAUGACGGGGCAUAGCAGCCUCGGCCGUCCGAUGUUGGAAUCGAGCGGUUCGGACCGUCCGGACUCCGCAUGGAGCAGCGUGGGCCGUCCGGAUUCCGGCGGAAGCGCGAUGACCCGGCCGGAAACGGGAGAGAGCGCGUUCCGCCAGCUCGACUCCGCGGGGAGCGAACUCCGCCGUCCGAUGUCCCCUGCGGGCGAUCUACGGCGGGCGACGCCCGCUGGCAGCGAUCGCGGCCAAUCAAAGAAGGACACGCGGCAGACGGGGAGCAGCGAAGGCGCGCGCCCGCCGCAGCGCGCUUUCGACGAGGAAAAAAUGCUAGGGUUUGAGGGGUUUAAGGACGCACUCUGGCUGGUCUCGACGGUGUUGUUCGCCCACAAGAGAGAGGCGGCCAAGGAGUAUUCCGCGGUUCCGAUAGCCGUUCCGGCCCUGAGCAUUCCGGUGACCGUUCCGUUGAUCAGUCCGCCGGGCGGUCCAUCCGCCGGCGUCCUCAGCGUCGAGGACGAGGUAGACCUCGUUCUGGCGGAGCUCAUCGCUGACGUCAUCUCAGACGGCCACGUGGCAUCACCCCAGUCGCAGCGCGGGUUGGCAAGCGGCGUCUCGGCGCGGCGGGGUAACCGGUGGGAAACCUCCCCGGUGCUUGGUUCCCGUCCCGCUUCAGAUCACAGAACACGGAAGCUGUCCGGUUCCGUUACUGCCACCGGAAUGCGCGGAAGCCCGACGCGACCCACCACUCCUGCAUCGAACUUCGUCGCCGCAAAGCCGGUGGAAACGGUUGCAGGAGCGGUACGUACCGAGUCUGAGGAGGAUGCGUUCACGCGGCAGCUCCUGGGCCGCCACGUGGCAGCUCUGGAGCAGCGGGUGGUGAUGGACCGGGCUUUCCCCGGGAUCAUGAAGCCGGAGCACUUCCAGAUGCUGCAGGGGGAUCUCGUCAUGUUGUAUCAGGUAUUUGCCUACCUCGCCAACGACGGCAACAAGGCCGCGCUCUUCGACGAAUCCGCGCUCGCCACGCGUCUCCACGUGGAGCGCGAGAACUGCAGCAUCGGCUGCCAGCUGGCACUCCAACUGCUGCGCGGCUCGGGCCUGCUCUCAAUCGACGCCAACGUGCCACGUGUCGUCGAGGCCUUGCAUCUGGGCGAGAGGCCGUAUCCGAGGCGUUUACAGGGACCCAGGGUGCUGCUGUUUCCGGAGUUUCUGGAGACGAUCCUGCUCUGCGCGGCGAACAUCGUGCGCCCGGAGCCCAAGUUCAAGGGCGCCAACACGCUCGCGCACAGGCUGGAGCGCACGCUGCGCGCGCUCGCGCUGUUCAAGGACGAGCGGCUGCACCCCGAGAAGUACUACGUGCCGCUGCCAACGAACGAGGCGGUCGAGGCAGAGGUGACGCUGCUGUUCUCGCGCUACUGCGGCCUGGGCGAGGUGAACCACCGCGUGGAGAUCGACCGCCCGGCUUUCCUGCGCAUCUGCCGCGACUGCCAGCUGGCAGAGGGGCAGCGCCUCGCGGCCGCGGACAUGAACCUGCUCUUCCUUGAGGCGACCAAAGCGCCGCCCGGGUCAAGUGUCAAGAUCACGGGGCUGAGCCGCGAGCGCUUCGCGGACGUCCUGACGAGCAUCGCGCUGACCAAGUUCCCGGACGCGCCCGACGCCGCGGCCGCGUACCGCUACCUGGUGGAGAAGCACAUCGCGCCCGUCGCGCGCCGCGUCAACCAGGACGUGGCAGACUUCCAGGACGUCAUCCUGGACCGUGACGUCACCGAUGUAUUCCAGGAGAACGAGGUCGCGCUGCGCGCGCUGUUCACCUCCUUCGCGGGCGUGAACAGCGUGAACGUCGCACUCGACCGUGACGUCACCGAGGUGUUCCAGGAGAACGAGGUCGCGCUGCGCGCGCUGUUCGCCUCCUUCGCGGGCGUGGACAGCGUGAACGUCGGCUUCACGGGCAAGGCCGCGUGGGGCGCCGCGCCCGCUGACGCCGCGGCCGCCCUCAGCGCGGCGGAGUUCAAAACCCUGUGCGCGAAGCACGACCUCAUGCCCAGAAUGGUCACCCGCCGGCGGCUGGAGGUGGCGUUCCGGAAGGCCAAGUUCGGACCACGGGGUGACGGCAAUUACCUCAGCAUGACGUACUCUGAGUUCCUGGAGGCGCUCAGCCUGGUGUCAAUGAUGGCCUACUCCACGAGGAAGGACGCCGAGAGGUAUCCGUCGCCCGGGGACAAGGUCCGGGCGCUGCUCGACUUCAUGAAGAUCCGGCCCAAGACGACCGGCGGAAAGAGGGAAAGAAAGGGGAAAGCCAAGUCGGAGGCGCCGGCGAACCCGUGGCUGUCCCUAAAGCUGGACCCCGCGUCAGCUGACCGGUGGUACUGGGGAUCGAGCACCGACUUUCCACUGUGUCUUAUCCGAGAGGUCAUCUGCGCCCCCGACGCACCCCCAAGCGUCGAAGCCCAGAUCGAACGCGCCGUCUACUGCCACACCGUGGGCAGAUUCGACGAGGCACUUUUGGCGUUUCGACUCGCGGAAGAGCUGUGGAUGGCCGCCUGUCAAGCGGACGGGCGCGCCAAGAUGACGUCAGAGGCGUGCGUGUUUUUGGGGUGCGCGGUGGGGGGGGUCUACGAGAGCAUGGGGCAAGACGAUCUGGCGCUGGAGAAAUACCAGGAGGCGGCCGACGCGGCCGCGAAGCUGGACGCGGACGCGCCCGCGAAGGUCCUCCCGACGAGCUGCCGGGCGUGCGCGCACUUCCACCGCGGCGACUUCGCCAAGGCGUUUGAGCUCUUCCUAGAAACCAUGGCAAGUGACACAUUCCGCGAGAAGGAAGCCGAAUCCGGCGCCCCACAGGCUGACCUGGCGCUGACGUACCACAACAUGGCGUGCUGCCUGGAGCGGUGCGGCCAGAUCCACAAGGCAAGAACGCGCCUGCCACGUGCAAUUGAGUUGCUCGAGAUCGCCCUCCUGCUCUUCCAGUCGGAGCUCGGGGCAGACCACCCGCGGUGCCACGUGGCCGCGCGCAACAUGGCGCGCGCGGAGCGGAAGGCGCUCGGGCUGCACCUACCGGGCACGAAGGACCCGAAGAUGAUCCCCCGGAAGAACGCCCGGCCGCUGAAACUGUUCCCCCUCCACCAGAAAGCGCAGCAAUAUGACCACCAUCUAAGAGAGUCGAACGCAGCGUCUAUAGAAAACGAAAGGAAAAUGUCUCAAGUCAGUGCCAGGGAAAACGUCGAGUCACCCGUCGGUAGUCGUGUUUCGCGCAAGUCAACAAACCACCCCUCCACGGAUCAAUCACCCGAGAGAAGAAUGAGCCAAGCGCCAGAGAGGAAAAUGAGUCAAGCGCCAGACGGAAGAUUGAGCCAAGCCCCCGAGCGGAAUCCGCUGGUCCAACUCCUAGAGCGGCGGAUGAGCGAAGCCCCCGGAAGGCGAGCUUCGGAAGAGGUCGAAGCCCGGGGGACUGAACCGGGCGCCGACGUGGCGCCGUCCUGGAUCGACGCGUCUGCGCCGAACUGGCUCGUCGACGGCCGGCGGCAGUCGUCGACUCAGCGGCCGGGGACUCCCGACGCGGCGACCUUUCUGCUGCAUAACUCUAGCCUUCGGCGGGAGAGCGUCGCCGGAAAUCUGCCGCCGAUCGCGUCCCCCCGGUUGGCAACAGAUGGGGUCCCGAUAGCGAAACCAGAGGCGGCGCAACGGCCCGGGGGAUCCCCCCGUGCGGAGAAGAGCACUGGGAGCGUCAGUCUCAAGAGUGAAACGGGCGUCGGGCGGUUUAGAAUACGUCGGUUCGGGGGCAGCUCUUACCGGUAAUGACCAGCUUGUGUUGCGGAUGUCAAAACCUAACGGUCAGUAGAAUCGUUCGUAGCUCAAAGUCAUACGUUCUGGCCUUCGUCCUUGUCAUAUGAAGCAGCGGAAAUCAUGAUUAGAAGGACGUGUGUCGAGUAGGUUGAGAGUCAAAAGACGGGCUAGGUUCGAGGUACCAUCGGUUGCUCGUUCGAGCUCUCUGUGGUAUGUGUUCCUGCUAGGCUUUUGAGCGAAGUCUUGAAACUUGAAUCGGCCACCCGUCAAGAGACACGAUGAGCUUAAGGGGGAACCUUCGAAAUCGUCCACGCUCUUUGUCGUAUGAAGUCCUUCGGCAAAAGGUUGAAAAGGUACUUUAUCAAUAUUUGUGCAUAAAGAUCAGCAGUUUGCAAGUUCGACACGAACAAAAAGUCAAGACUAAGCUUACGACUAAUGCCGGUUGCACUUCUGCACGAUCGGUCAAGAUCGACAAGUGGACAAC